GAGGCUGGCCGCUGUCUCCAAUUUUUGACCAGCAAUUGUCAUUAAAGACUGAACAUCAUACAUUCGGCCGACGAAGACACGAUUGACGACACGAGUAGCCCACGACAUAUUGAAAGUUUACGCGACAAUCCAAAACCUGCAUUUACAAACACCAACAUCGGCUCCCGAAUUCCUACGCGGCAAUGGCUACGCGUACUGCUCCCCCCGCGGGCCUCCCGCAAAAGGUGGUCUCGAACCCGCCAAACCAGACCCUCUACGUCGCCAACCUACCCUCAGCCAAGAUUCAGAAAGACGACCUCCGUACAGCACUAUACAUGCUCUUCUCCACCUACGGCCCCGUUCUCGAUGUCGUCGCUCUCAAGACCAUGAAGAUGCGCGGGCAAGCACACAUUGUCUACCGGGACAUUCAGACAGCAACACAGGCGAUGAGGUCACUUGACGGCAUGGAGUUUUUGGGCCGGAAAAUGAAAAUUACCUACGCCAAGGGUCGCUCCAACAUCAUCGCCAAACUCGACGGCACUCUCGUGCCACCCAAGGCCGCCGCCGCCGUAGCCCUUACCACGGUCCAACAGAGCAUCUUCAGUGCCCCCGUACCGGGCGCGCCUAGUACCGAGAGCCCAGCACCACAAGGUUCGCCAGCCAAGCCUCCCGGGACAGAGACAGCUACACCGGCAGAGGAGAACCGGGGAACGAAGCGGCCACGCGAGGAGGAGGAAGAGGAGGAGAGUGAUUCGGAUGUUGCUAUGGAGGAAGAUAGCGACGAGGACUGAUGCAUGUCCUCUGUGGCAUUUGCUUCUGAACAAGAUACCAGCUUGCUGUGGGAGGAUAUGAUGAAGGCAAAGAGGGCGCAAUGAGACGGACCGAGACAAGGGCAACCGAUCUCGCCCAAA